AUGGACCUGCUUCCCUCCGUCGACUAUGCGUACAACCUGAUUCAGCAGGAGGAGACACGACUCCAAGUGUUACAACAGGCAAACACCGGCGGAGCAGCUGCCAUGGAUGGAAUUGGAACUGGCCUCGCCAUCCGAGGGUGGCAGAACCCUACCAGCGGCUCUCGGGGUGGCGGUCGCGGCAGCAACGGUGGUGGUCGCGGCAGCAACAGUGGUGGUCGCGGCAGCAACAGUGGUGGUCGCGGCAGUGGCAAUGAUAGAAAUAUGCGAAAUUGGUGGGAAGAGAAGCACGGCAAGCCGCCACAACCGCAAACACCCUGGAACCGUGGCGGGCACGCCGCCGCAGCAGUUGGAGGCGACGAAGGCAACGCCGUGCUGGGGGUCGUGCAAACCGCCGGUGCUGUCCAGCCAGGAGGAAGGACCAGAAAUGAAGCUGCUCAGCCGGCGAACACAACCGGGGCAGCAAACUUCGUUGCCAGCGGAAGUGGGAGUGUAAUUCACGAUUGGAGUGACGAAUUGAUGAGGGGAGAGGCGGCGCCCGAUUCAGGAUAUCCGAACCGGAGAGAUAAUUGGGCAUGGCACUGA